UUGCGCCUGCCUAUGCAUUUCGACCUUCUGAUUGGUAGAUAAGCUGUUUGUAAAAACCACUCCUCCUGUAUUCGGUCGUUUCAAGGACAGAAGCACUUAGUGAUUCGACUGAAUUAAACUACGAGACGUGUGUUUUAGGUUGUCAAUCGUGUUCGAGGGAACAUCAGUCUGUGGUUUACUCUCUCCAUUAAAAAAAAAAGUGGAUUAAAGAAGACUUUUGACUUCUUUCUUUUUACAAAGUAGAGAUGUUAUCAAAAGCCUUUUCAAACAACUGUCGCAGCAUUAUUGCCAGGUAUGGAUGCGAUGGCUCAGCUGCUGUUUCGUCAAAUAUUCUUAGGAAAUCGAACAUUUUCGUAUCCAACCGUUCCAACAGCACGGCAACCGAGGAACCAAGUUUCUUCGAAAUGGUGGAAAAAUUCUUUGACAGAGCCACUUGUAUUAUAGAGGAAAGUUUUGCUCAGGAAUUGAAAGGCAAAUUGACACCAGAGCAAAAGUUAGAAAAGGUCCGUGGGAUACUUAGAAUUAUUAAACCCUGUAAUGCAGUCGUCGCUUUAAAUUUUCCCCUAAAAAGAGAUAAUGGUGAUAUUGAAAUGAUUGAAGCUUACAGGGCCCAACACAGCCACCACCGAACACCUUGUAAAGGAGGUAUCCGUUUUAGUAUGGAUGUCAACUUGGAUGAAGUAAAAGCUUUGGCUGCUCUUAUGACCUACAAAUGUGCAUGUGUUGAUGUGCCAUUUGGUGGUGCAAAAGCUGGUGUUCGCAUUGAUCCAAGUAAAUACAGUGAAAAUGAACUUGAAAAAAUCACUCGUAGAUUGGCUGUAGAAUUGUCUAAAAAAGGUUUCAUAGGUCCUGGUAUUGAUGUACCAGCUCCAGACAUGGGAACUGGUGAGAGAGAGAUGAGUUGGAUUGCUGAUACUUUUGCACAGACAUUAGGUCAUUAUGAUAUCAAUGCUAACGCAUGUGUUACUGGAAAACCAAUUACACAGGGCGGUAUCCAUGGCAGAACAUCUGCUACAGGACGUGGUGUCUUUCAUGGAAUCCAGAAUUUUACAGAAGAAGCUUCAUAUAUGAGUAUGAUUGGAUGCACUCCUGGCCUUGGGGACAAAACCUUCAUUAUCCAGGGCUUUGGUAAUGUCGGUCUCCACACAAUGAGAUAUCUACACAGAGCUGGUGCAAAAUGUAUUGGAAUCAUGGAAAUUGAUGGUGCUAUCCAUAAUCCAAAUGGAAUUGAUCCCCGAAAACUUGAAGAUUAUAAACUAGAACAUGGAACUAUUGUUGGCUUCCCUGAAGCUGAACCAUAUGUUGGAGAAAGUAUUUUAUAUGAACAGUGUGACAUUCUCGUACCAGCUGCUGGUGAGAAACAAUUAACCUUGGAAAAUGCUCACAAAGUUAAAGCUAAAAUCAUUGCUGAAGCUGCUAAUGGACCCACUACACUUGGUGCUUAUGAACACUUUUUAGAAGCUAAGAAACUUGUUAUUCCGGAUAUGUAUGUUAACGCUGGUGGUGUAACUGUUUCUUAUUUUGAGUGGUUGAAAAACCUUAACCAUGUAAGCUAUGGCAGAUUGACAUUUAAGUAUGAAAAAGAUUCAAAUUAUCAUCUUCUUGAGAGUGUCCAGAAUUCAUUGGAAUCGAAAUUUGGUAAAAAUGGAGGCAAAAUUCCUAUUAUGCCAUCUAGUGCUUUUGAAGCUAGGAUUCAUGGUGCAUCUGAAAAAGACAUUGUCCACUCAGGCCUUGAAUAUACCAUGGAAAGGUCAGCUAGAAAUAUCAUGAGGACUGCCAUGAAGUACAAUCUUGGCUUAGACUUACGGACAGCAGCUUACAUAACUUCAGUAGAGAAAAUCUUCAGAGUAUACGAAGAUGCUGGAUUGACAUUUUUAUGAAUUUUUAAAUUAUUCAACAUUAGGGGUCUAAAAAAGAGAAGCAAAAGAAAUUACUUAGAAAUAUUUGAGAAAAGGUAUAGUGUUUUAUACUCUGAUAUUAUGUACGACAAAAGCAAUAUUUCUGUAUAAGUUAGAUAAUUAAUCUUGUGUAAUUAUUUGUAACAAUUUAAGUUCAUAUUUGAUAGACCUUUCAACCAGUAAACCCUUUAUUUGUAGUUGCCAUUGUGUAGUUUUCUUUCACAGUUGAUAAUCCAAUCCAAGCAAUAAAACUGGCUUUUAUAUUUUUGUUUUCCUUUGCAGUUGAUCUUCAGUCCUAUUAACAUACAAAAGUUGCAGACACGUCUGCCUUAGUGGGGUUCUUUCUUAUCUUCUUUCUUUCUUAUCUUUUAUUUUACUUUACUUAAUGAGAGUAUUUUUAAAAAAUAUUUUUUUAUUUUCCACACAUACCAACCAUCUUUCAAAUCACUGUCUGUCACACACCACUGUCUAUUAACAUUGCAACAUGUUAAUUCUCAUUGUUAAUUUAAAUUGUAACCUUUGGGCAGGUAUUAAUCUUCUGUCUUUGUCCUGAAUUUCCAUUUUUUUUUUUUUUCUAAGAGUGAAUUAACUCUGAACAGUACAAACCAUAUCAAAAGAAAUCCAAAUUUCUUUUUGUAAUACUCUCAUUCUCAGAAGUACAAUUAAUGUGGUGCAUCUAUACAAACAUUUCAGUUGAUCUUUGAAUAGAUUCACCAUUUUAACAUUUAUUUGCCUUUAGUUUGAAAAUUCCUGUGCAACGUGUGCUAUGGAAUUUUGGAACUUAAUGAAAUUAAAAUUGGUUUAUUUGCAUCAGGUUUCUAUGAAAAUCUGUAACUCUGUUCAGAUAUUUUAUAUUUUCUAAAUCUUAAGCACUUAAAUUUUUCUUUUUCUCUCUUUUUUUUUUUAAAUAUUUCUCUCUUAUUUUUUAAAUAUUUAAUUUUUGCAAAGACAUUUUAGAACUGGGUGCUUUAUUGGAUCAGAUGAAUAUUUUCGUAGUUCAAUUAAUUUUUAUAUAUGAAAAACAAUCAUGUUUUAGAAAAUUUGAAACAGCACCUUGUUAUUGUAAUACUGAUGAAAUGAAUAAAAUCACCAGUGUCUUUUCACUGGUUUAAUUAAUUGUUUACUAUUGAGUUAAUAAAACUGGUAUUGAUUACUAAUUUUAAUCCUAAGAAAUAUGCUUUUUGUAGGGAUUGGAAACAACAAUUAAAAAAAAUUUUUUUUUUUUUUUUUUUUGUUAUCCGUAACUGUUAGAGUAUUCCAUCAAGAUUUUGACCAAAUGUAGUUCAAGUUUUUAUUUUUAUUAUAUUUUUUUUCAUUCCACUUGUUUUUAUCACAGCCGAAAUAGCUUUUUUUUUUGUAAUUUUUGGAAGUUUUCAAUCUCUGUUGAUUAUUAAAUGAUCGAAAUAUUUUGAUGUAAUUGUAUUAACUUAUGAAUGUAAUGUUGAAAGAUAAUUACUGAGUAUAUGCACACUUUC